GCGGCAUCCAUCCUUGGUACGGGAUUACGCGUUGUCUUGCAGCGAACUACCAUUCUGUGCCAAAGCUAGCGGCAGCAAAUCUUAUCGCGGCACCUUGGUAGAGUCAUUGACCAACAACAAGCGACGCCUUAUCUCAAAUUACCAUUUUGUGUUAGGUUCAGGCGAGGAGGAGGAGGAUGAUGACGACGCCAGCGAUGAACAAGGUUCAGGCGAUGAAAAGGAGGAAGAUGACGACGAUGGAGACGAACAAGACGACGACGACCCUUCUCCCACAAACCCUCGAAAGCAGUCCCGCUCUGGAGGACGCUCGCGGAAGCGAAGCAAGUCCAAGAAGAAACGCAGAGGAGGAGCCGACGCACGCCGGGACUCAGGGUCCCGGAGCGGCUCGCGCUCACGUCCAGCGCAGCGAAAGGGAGCGGCGAAGAAGGACAAGAAGAAGGGCAAGAAGAAGGAUAAGAAGAAGGGCAAGAAAAAGUCGGGUAAAGCCAAAGAUGUCGAGUGCGUCCGGCCGCUGACCUCGACGGAACGGAUCGACGAACGGAUCUCGAAGCGGCAACGGGAGGUCGGCGUCGUCGACGUGGAGGACGACGACGCGGCGGCCUCUUGCCGCAACCGGGCCGUCACCGAGAGGUGCGUUGGCUCCUCCCGCUCGAAGUCCGUGCCGGUCAA